GAUGGCGCAGGACGUUGGCGCCAUGGAAGAUGGGCAGCUGUCUGACUCGGAUUCCGACAUGACAGUGGCGCCCAGCGACAGGCCGCUGCAGGUGCCGAAAGUAUUAGGUGGGGACCUUGCAGUGAAGCCCUUCCAGAAUACUGCAGCAGCAGCCUGUGUGCCAGUAUCCCAUUAUCGGAAUGUUAAAAGUGUGGAUUCAAGUGAAGAGAGUUUUUCCGAUUCAGAUGAUGAUAGUUCUCUUUGGAAACGCAAGCGGCAGAAAUGUUUUAACCCUCCUCCCAAACCAGAAACUUUUCAGUUUGGCCAGAGCAGCCAGAAAUCACUUGUUGCUGGAGGAAAGAAAAUUAACAACAUAUGGGGUGCUGUGCUGCAGGAACAAAAUCAAGAUGCAGUGGCCACUGAACUGGGAAUUUUGGGAAUGGAUGGCACUAUUGACAAAAGCAGACAAUCUGAGACUUACAAUUAUUUGCUUGCUAAGAAACUUAAGAAGGAAUCUCAGGAGCAUUCAAAAGAAUUAGACAAAGAACUAGAUGAAUAUAUGCAUGGUGGCAAAAAAAUGGGAUCAAAGGAAGAGGAAAAUGGGCAAGGUCACCUCAAACGCAAACGACCUGUCAAAGAGAGACUGGGGGACAGACUGGAAAUGAACUAUAAAGGCCGAUAUGAAAUCACAGAGGAAGAUUCUCAAGAAAAAGUGGCUGAUGAAAUUUCUUUCAGGUUACAGGAACCAAAGAAAGAUCUGAUAGCCCGAGUAGUAAGGAUAAUUGGGAACAAAAAGGCAAUUGAGCUUCUGAUGGAAACUGCUGAAGUUGAACAAAAUGGUGGCCUUUUUAUUAUGAAUGGUAGUCGAAGAAGAACACCAGGUGGAGUUUUUCUGAAUCUCCUGAAAAACACUCCCAGUAUCAGUGAGGAACAAAUUAAGGACAUUUUCUACAUUGAAAAUCAAAAGGAAUAUGAAAAUAAAAAAGCCGCUAGGAAGAGGAGAACACAAGUGUUGGGGAAAAAGAUGAAACAAGCUAUUAAAAGCUUAAAUUUUCAAGAAGAUGAUGAUACAUCACGAGAAACUUUUGCAAGUGACACAAAUGAGGCCCUGGCCUUGCUUGAUGAAUCACAAGAAGGUCAUGGAGAAACAAAAUUGGAUGCAGAGGAAGCCAUUGAGGUUGAUCAUUCCCAUGAUUUGGACAUCUUUUAGUACAUUUUGGGCAACUUGAGCAAGAAGGCUUUCUAAAGUAACAUUGUAAUAAAUCAUUUCUACUGAGAUUUGUUUUACUUUGCACUGAUAAACAUGAAAAUUUGAAGAAAAGAGAACUGUAUUCUUAUUUUAAAUAAAAAUGAAUAUAUGUGGGGAGAUGAAUGUGAUCAAUAGAAACAUUUAAAAAUUUCUCAUGUCUGACAAAAUACUUAAAAGUAUGUAGCAGAGAAUUUAAUUUCUCAAUCUGUUGCAUGUGCUAAUGUGAGUAUUACUAGCUGAUAAUCAGUUUUGUUCAAGUCAUAAUAUGCCAUUCAAAAAUUUGUCUUUUUCUGACUUUUUCUGAAUUAUGCUUUGGUUUCAAGACAUUCCAUUAAAAUAUCCUAAUGGAACAUGUAAAUUGUUAACCUAUUGCAAAUGCAUUCAAAUUUGGUUUUUCUGUGUUCUAAAUACUCGGACAAUUUUAAGGAUAAGACACCAAAAUUAAAAUAGGCUUAUGAUGGUGGCUCUUUCCACUUAUUUGUUUGGCCAGGAGUAAAUAAAGAUACUUUUU